AUGAGUCCCUGCGAUUGCAAAGAGCUGCUGUUGCUUCCAGUGGGGGAGUUCACACGGGCCAAGUUAGGCACUGGCACGCGGCCCACGACCAGGCAGACCCAGACAGUUUCUGCCGUUCCCUUGGCUGUUUGCUCCACUGCGGGCCAGCACGAUCUGCUGCUGGCUCCUGUGAGUUGCUGCCCUGUCGGGUACGUGAGGCAAGGCAUGGAACAGGCUUCCAGGUGCAGGAAGCCACGGGACUCUGUUGAACCUGAGGACAUGCCUUUGGAAAGCACUGAGGUGACACAUGAUCAGCUGCUGAACUACCAGCUGAUGUUUCCCAUAGGCCAGGACAAAUCCAUCCCCUGGAACGCCAUCACUGCGUAUGAAAACAUGAAAGCAAAGAGGAUAUCCGAGCUCAAGAAAUGGAAAGAGCAGGGACCUUGUCAGAAGGAACUCUACCGAGCCCUCUACAAACUGGCGAAGGCUCAGCAGAGAAGCGGCGGGGAGAUUUACAAAUUCUACUUGCCCAACUGCAACCAGAAUGGGUUUUACCACAGCAGACAGUGCGAAACUUCACUGGAUGGAGAGUCUGCUGGAUGCUGGUGUGUCUAUCCAAAAGAUGGAAGAAAAAUUCCUGGAUCUCCACAAAUGAAAGGAGACCCCGAAUGCCAGCAGUAUCUCAGCUCACAAGAGUAA